AUGCAUGUCACAUUGCAGAUCAUGUUUGCUCUAGAUCAUGCUGUCAUCUGCUGUAAGCAGCACAGCACUUUCAACGACAUCAGUCUCAUUCAAAUUGGAGCAAGUUCCAGUGCAACAAGUAACACUAACGAGCCUGCAAUAACAAAGCCUUAUUUCGGACGCCUCUAUGGCUUGAGUGUGAAUAGCGUGAGAGUAUCUGAUCUGUUGGUGAAGCAAGACAAUCGUACUUCGUCCUUUGGAGACAUCAGGAAAGUUGACAAGUACGUCACCUCCAUCAAGCCUAGUGAAUUAAAUAACGAGACAUCAAUAAAAUUACGAACCUCAAUGAAGACAAAUUAUCUCGUUACCACGAUUAAAACGCCGUCGCCCAUAGAAGAGAAAAUAACAAAAUGGACCAAAAGUAACUUGUGCAGCAGAAGGGGAGGUAAUUCAGGGUGCGUCGGCGCUGAGCCGAUUGAAUACUCGGGAUUUGAUGAGGUCAGCUACAGCGAUGACAUGGAUUUAUUCAAAAAUUUGCCAAAAUCAACCACUCCGUUUGUCAGACGAAUGGAUAAUUAUCGACCGCGAACUCCUCUAUUGCGGUUCACCAAAAUGAACGAAACAUCAGUGAACGACCUAAACUUUCAGUUGCUAGCAUACAACCCCGUAUCAACCAAAAGUACGUUGCUCGGCUCGGAAGAAACAGACCUGCCUCUACCAGCGAUCGAGGACGAAGAUCAACUGAGAUCCAUCCAUUUCGUUAAAAAAGUCGGUGUAAGCAUUGGACUGCUUAUAGGUUCCGUCAUUGCUGUGAUAAUAGUUUCCAUAUUUUUUUCCACAAUUAUAAUUAUCAGAAAAAAUCGAAACAAUGAAGAACUCGAAUGGAAAACAUUCGAGAAAGAUCCAAUCCAUGUGGAAAAAAAUAAGACCGACGACGUUGAGACUAAAAAGACAGAAGUAAAGUCGCACACGCUCUUUCACAUCCUACCAGCGUCUAAAAAAAUAAAUACGAAGGAGUGGAUCAGUUACACCUUUUAUGAAGACCGACACAUUUAA